AAACCGACGUAAGUUUGUUGGUAUUGCACUUCGAAACCUGCAAUGAACUCUAAUUGUCUUCAUAUAAGUAUGACGCAGGUCCAUGUACCUUGUAGUUUCAGACAAAAGCGUACUAGUUGUUGUAUAAGAAAUGUAGAACAUCGCCGAUUAACUUUUUUUUGCUUAAUUUGUGCAAAAACACGCAGUGGAUAUGUCGGUUGCUGGUAAGACAGCCCUGAUAACGGGAUCAACAAGUGGGAUAGGACGGUCCACGGCUAAACUCCUUGCAGCCAAGGGUUGUUCGGUCUUGGUGACGGGUUCAAGGUCACCUGAAGAUGCACAGGAAGCCCUGAAGGAUAUCCAAAGCACGGCUGUUGGCAAGGUUCAAUACGUACAAAGCGACCUCCGAGAUGUUACUCAUGUGCUAGAACUGUGCAGACAAGCAGACCAAUUAUUUCCGGAGGGAAUAGAUAUCCUUGUUAACAAUGCUGGUAUACAACAUGUAGCACCGGUUGAUGAAAUGCCACUAGAAAAGUGGAACGAUCUCAUCCAGGUCAAUCUAACCACACCGUUCAUUUUGAGCAAACACGUGGUACCCGCAAUGAAAAUGAAAGGUUGGGGACGAAUAGUAAACGUGUCUUCAGUGCAGGCAAUAAUGGCUCACUACAACAAGGCGCCUUACAUUUCCUCGAAGACAGGGUUGGUUGGACUCACAAGGGCUGUUGCUAUGGAUACAGCGGCUUUUGGGAUCACGUGCAAUGCGUUGUGUCCAGCGUGGACCGACACACCUCCACCCCAGGUCAAAUUGCAUGCCGACAAGACCAAUAUGUCUAUAGAAGAAGCCAAGAAAGACCUGUUUACAAAUGCUACACCCACACGAAAAAUAAAUGAUCCAUCACAAAUUGCUGGAAUGAUCCUGUUCCUGUGUUCCCCGGAUGCAGAUAACAUGACCGGGACAUCUAUUCCAAUGGACGGUGGCAUGACUGUUCAGUAGCCAAUGGACUCCCUAGAUAUAUUGCAGCGGCAUCAUUAAAAACUAGGACCCAUGCAGCAUUAGGGAGAUAAUUUGUUCGUGUAACAAAAAGCCAAUUAUAUUCCCUUUGGAACAUCA